AUGGAUUACCUCAAGGACAAGGAGACAGCACUGUCGCAGCUCGACGACGUCAUCCUUGCGACCACGGACGAAGAGAACCUCGACCAGGAAGUAGGAACGGCGCAGGAAUACAACGAGAAGAUUCUGUACGCAGUAUCACGCGCCAAGUUCUGGCUUCAAGAACGUGAGAGGAAUGCCGGAACGCAGGCUCGAGCAACUGAACCCGGGCCUAGCUACCUCAGAUCUCCGAACUCUGGCGACGCAGCAGGCCAGGUGACAGAGCACCGUCAGCGUUCAGUUCAACUACCGAAGUUACAUAUACCGACUUUCGAUGGUAGUCUGCGUGGAUGGCAGUCAUUUUGGGACCAUUUCGACGCCACCAUCCACAAGAACGCUGAGCUACCGCGGAUUGAAAAGUUCAAGUACCUUCUCACCUACUUAACCGGCAGCUCGAAGCGGGCUGUCGAAGGCAUCCGCUUAGCCGAACAAAACUAUGACCUUGCGACCAAGACGCUCACAGACCGCUUCGGACGCUGGGAUCUGCUCGUGAACGAACAUAUCGAUCAUCUUCUCGCGCUAAGCCCAGUGAAAUGCUCAUCAGAAGUCCAGAAGCUUCGUCUGCUGCACGACAACGUCCAAUUUCACGUCAGCGCCUUAGAAGGGCUUGGAGUUUCGCCAGACCAGUACACCGUGGUGUUAAACCGUGUCCUGAUGCGAUGUCUGCCAGAGAAUCUUGCCAUCAUAUACAGGCAGAAGACCAAGGAAACGAAUUGCGCAUCCAGUAUCGCCGAAACUCCUGAAGGCAGAACGAGGCUCGCCAAGGAGAUGCUAACCUUCCUCCGCAUCCAAGUGGAAAUCCGGGAGGAAAGCCGGCAGCUGUCGCGGCGUCCACUGCAAGACGAACCGAGGACCCACAUGCCUGAAGAAAUUUAUGGCGCGGAACCUAUACCAUCAGCGUCAGCUCUAACCGGGUCCACCUUGCCUGUCAGACCAGCGUGUCCGCUAUGA